AUGAGUGGUUAUCUUGAGGUCACGGAUAUGCACCAAAACAAUCUUUCUGGGGUUCUUCCAAACACUUUUAGUGUUGUAAGUUCACUUAGAAGCUUCAACUUGCAUGGCAAUGAACUAGAAGGGAAAAUUCCCUGGUCUUUGGCCAAUUGCAAGGAGUUGCAAGAUCUUGAUUUAGGAGAUAAUCACCUCAUCGACACAUUUCCGAUGUGGUUGGGAACUCUUCCAAAGCUGCAAGUUUUAAGCUUGAGAUCGAAUAAAUUAUAUGGACCCAUUAUAACAUCAAGGAAUGAAAUCAUAUUUGCUGAGCUUCGAAUCAUCGAUCUCUCUUGCAAUGACUUUUCGGGAAACUUACCUACGAAUUACCACUCAUCUGUAACAAUUGCAAACAAGGGACAGGAGCUUGAACUUGUUAGGAUUUUGACUAUAUACACAAGUAUUGAUCUUUCAAGUAACAAAUUUGAAGGACCUAUUCCAAGUAUUAUGGGAGAUCUUAUUGCACUUCAGCUGUUAAACUUAUCUCAUAAUCGCUUGCAAAGUCAAAUACCACCAUCACUUGGAAGUUUAUCCUUGGUUGAAUCAUUGGACCUAUCAGGUAACCAUCUUGUAGGAGAGAUGCUAGCACAACUUUCUUCUCUUGCAUCCCUUGAAGUCUUAAAUCUCUCCUACAAUCAUCUCAAAGGGUGCAUUCCUCAAGGACCUCAAUUUCAAACCUUUGAGAGCAAUUCAUAUGAAGGUAAUGAUGGAUUAUGUGGAUUCCCAAUUUCGAAAGUUUGUGGCAAGAAUUGUGUGUCAGAGACAAAUUAUACCGUAUCUGCACUAGACCAUCAAGAAAGCAAUUCUGAAUGUCUCAAUGAUUUUUGGAAAGCUGCUCUUAUGGGUUACAGAAGUGGACUAUGUAUUGGAUUAUCCAUAGUAUAUUUCACGAUUUCAACUAGAAAUCUGAGAUAG